GUGUAUCCAUAGCAAUUUGUUGAACAUCAUCGUGAGAUUCGAUAAAUCUACAAAAAUGGGUUUGAAGUUGUGCUCUUUAUUUGUUGGAUUUGGUCAACAUAGGAAAUGCGAGAGAAGUUUUGGAUGAAAUUGGCACCUUUGUUUCUGCUGAAUCAGCUGCUGGGAAUUAUUACGAUGCUAAGGUUAUGGUGCCUCUUAAAACUCCUCUUACCAAAAAGGAAUGUUUUGUUCUUUAUCAUGAUGACAUUCUGUGUAAGGAAAUACGAUCCAGCAUUUAUGUUCGUGCUAUGCUUGUUCCCUCUCCACGUACUACCCAUGUUGUUGUCACAAGAAUGCCAUCGAAGAAGGGAGAUAACUCUGGUGUAUCAGGUCCCUCCAAUGCUCGCCCUGCUAGAGUUGUAUCAAAUGGUUCCUCCAGUCCUACUGCUUUCUCGGUUGGUUUGAAGCCAGUUGGUUCUCUUGGCAACGGAGGUUCAUCUAUUUAUGGCCCUGCUAUGUCUUCUGUAUUGCGUGCAAUAUCUUCUUUAACUAUCAAAGAACCCGUCAAUAAGGUCACUCCUUCGGCAACCAUUACUCCUAGUUCUGGAAACAUUAGCUUCAAUGUAUCCCCCUUUGAUAACCUCACUUUUGGACCGGAUGGUCUUGUCCAUGAUAGGAAAGGAAAAAGGCCUAGAACUUCAUUUGAAUCGGAAUCCAUUAGCACUACCUCUUUUUCAUCAUCUGCCUCAUUGAAGUCACUAACUCAUUGGCCUGCUAUUAGUUCUUUGCCUCUCUUUAAUCCUCCCACAGAUACCUCCUUCAAUGUGGGAAGUUUAGGAGUCUCAUCUAGUAAUGGUUCUCCUGAGACAAAUGUUUUCUGGUCUGCAUCUUGUACCUGA